AUAAAAAAUGGAAGUUCGGAAACCACCAACAGAGGGCGGGAACAUCCAUUUUCGGCGUCCCUGUUGUGUACACCCAAUUUGCCCGCAAAACUUGCGUCGAUUUCUCGGACGUUCCUGUCUUUUUUGGUGCCUGCUUUGCUUCAAAGAGUGAAGAUGCAGCGCCGAGGCGGCAAGAGAAUCCGGAUGGAUGAUCCUCCACCGGAAUAUGACAAUCCGAUGACUCCUAUGACUCCGAUGGACGUUUCGGCCAGCGACAUGCACGAAUCCUACAACGCCUACCAGGCCUACACUCCCCAGCCACCCACCCCAAUGUCACACGGCAGCCACGGUUCGGACACCGUCUAUGGUGGUGGCGAUUCCUCUCAGUUCGACACGAGCAGCCAGUUGCAGCAGAGCUACAACCAACCUUCGACUUCGUACGCUCAGCCCAUGCAGAACUUUUCUGCUUACGAGACUCAGCCUCAGCACCAAUUCGAACAACCCCAGGCUGCUUCUCCGCCCAUCCCGAAGACCACCAGAGGACGAGGGCGUCCUAGGGGAAGCUACAGUAGUCGAGGUGGCUCUUCCAGCGUUGGUAGGGGCACCACUGGAGGCACUCCAGGCAGGAAGCCAGGUCGACGACCAGCAAACGAAACCGGACUUGAUGACGAGAACAGUUUGUACUCGAUCAUCAAGAGCGGCCGCUUGUCUCUGCAGCAGGUCGUGGACGAUUGGAUCGAAAGGUACAAGACCGAGAGAGGAUCUGCUCUGCUUUCCCUGAUGCAGUUCUUCAUCAACGCCUCUGGUUGUAAGGGAAAGAUCACAGAGGAAAUGCAGGAGGAGAUGGAACAUGCUAAGGUCAUUAGGAAAAUGACUGAAGAGUUUGACGAGGAAAGUGGUGAAUACCCUUUAACAAUGACUGGGCAGCAGUGGAAAAAGUUCAAAGCCAACUUCUGCGAGUUUGUGCAGCUGCUUGUCAAGCAGUGCCAGUACUCGAUUAUCUAUGACCAGUACCUUAUGGACAAUGUAAUCUCUCUGCUGACUGGCUUGUCCGACUCCCAAGUGCGAGCUUUCCGUCACACAGCAACGCUUGCUGCAAUGAAACUCAUGACGGCCUUGGUGGACGUUGCUCUGACUGUGUCUGUAAACUUGGACAACACGCAGAGACAGUACGAGGCUGAGCGUCAAAAGGCCAGAGAUAAGAGAGCCAGCGACCGUCUGGAAACUCUGAUGAGCAAGCGACAGGAGCUUGAGGAGAACAUGGAUGAAAUCAAGAACAUGCUCACGUACAUGUUCAAGUCUGUGUUUGUACACAGAUACAGGGACACCCUUCCUGAAAUAAGAGCUAUUUGCAUGGCUGAGAUUGGAAUAUGGAUGAAGAAGUUCCACAACAACUUCUUGGAUGAUUCGUACUUGAAGUACAUAGGCUGGACUCUUCAUGACAAGUGCGGAGAGGUCCGCUUGAAGUGCCUUCAGGCUCUUCAACCUCUUUACGCAUCUGACGAGCUGAAAGGAAAGCUGGAAUUGUUUACCAGCAAAUUUAAAGACCGAAUUGUAGCCAUGACUCUGGACAAGGAAUACGACGUGGCCGUGCAAGCUGUUCGCUUGGUUAUCAGCAUUCUUAAACACCAUCGUGACAUUCUCUCUGACAAGGAUUGCGAGCACGUUUACGAGUUGGUCUACUCGUCUCAUCGUGCUGUCGCCCAGGCUGCAGGAGAGUUUUUGAAUGAGCGACUCUUUGUCCCAGACGAAGACACGCAGACUGGACAACGCACCAGACGUGGCAAGCGCCGUCUGCCAAACACGCCCCUCAUCAGAGAUCUUGUCCAGUUCUUUAUCGAGUCCGAACUGCAUGAGCACGGAGCUUACUUGGUUGAUUCUUUGAUCGAGUCGAACGAAAUGAUGAAAGACUGGGAGUGCAUGACUGACUUGCUGUUAGAAGAGCCAGGAAUGGAGGAGGAACCUUUAGACGACAGGCAGGAAACGAGUCUCAUCGAAAUCAUGAGCUGCUGCAUCAGACAGGCUGCCACUGGAGAGCCACCCGUUGGUAGAGGACCGACGAGAAAAAUUCUCUCUGCCAAAGAAGUCAAACAAGUGAAUGACGACAGAGCCAAGCUUACGGAGCAUUUCAUCCCAACCCUGCCUCUUUUGUUGGCAAAGUACAGUGCUGAUCCUGACAAGAUUAACAACCUGAUGAGCAUUCCUCAGCACUUCGACCUUGACGUUUACGUCUCAUCCCGUCAAGAAAAGAGCUUGGAUUCACUGCUGCGGAUAAUCCAAGACCUGGUUGAGCGCCACACAGACACUGAGGUGCUUGAAUCAUGCUCGAAAACUCUGGAAACUCUGUGCUGCGAGAACUUGGCCAUCUAUACUCGUUGUGAUGUGGCCAGGAGCACUUUGAUUGACAUGAUUGUCAACAAAUUCAAGGAGUCUCUUGACGAAUACAAUUCUCUCAUUGAAGGGGACGAGGAACCCGACGAGGACGAAACGUUCAGUUUGGUGCAGAGUUUGAAGAAGGUGUCUAUUUUCUAUGCUUGUCACAACAUGGGCGCCUGGCGCAUUUACGAUUUGCUGUACGAAUGCAUCCAAAAAGCCAAGGAUGGCAACAAAAUAUACCCAGACGAGUCUGUCAAGUACUGCAUGUCUGCUGCCUUCUUCUCCAUUCUGUGGGGCCUGCGCCAGCUGGAGGACAUGCUGGAGCGUGGUUCGACCACCGCCACAAACACAACUGUUGCCCAGGAGGUGGAAAACCUGAAGAGCCGCAACAACCAGUUUAUUGACACGAUGAAGGAGAUGCUCCUCAUGUCUCCAGUGCAGCUUUUCAAGGAGGAAGCGUACAUCACCAUCUGCGACUUUCUCAUCCUCUUCUGCGGCCAGCUCGGGAGCAAUUCCACUCUGCUGUCACUAGUGUAUGAACCGGACAGGUCACUCCAGCAGAUGCUGAACGACUUUAUCCAGAGCUACGUGUUCAUUGAUGAGGAAAUUGGUAAUUUAUUUUUACCUGUUAAUUUUUGCUCUUUAACGAACAUUAAAUCAUUAUCAGACCCUGACGAGCACACAAAAAUUGAGGAGCUGCACAAGCGUCGUAAUUUCCUGGCAUCGUUUUGCAAGCUGGUUGUGUACAAUGUCAUGCCUACACAAGUUGCAGCUGAUGUAUUCAAGCACUAUGUGAGAUAUUACAAUGAUUAUGGUGACAUUAUCAAGUCAACUCUGGGCAAGGCGCGUGAGAUCAACAAAGUCAACUGCGCCCGUACAAUGGCUGCAUCACUGACAAUGCUCUUUAGAGACAUACACAGGGAUGGUGUGCGGGUCAAUCGCCAAGGAGAGGAAUUCAUCAGUUUGAAAGAAUUGGCUAAAAGAUUUGCAUUGUCCUUUGGCUUGGAUGCGGUUCGUAACAGGGAAGCCAUCACAGCGCUGCAUAGAGAGGGAAUUCUCUUUGCCGUUAACCCGUUGGAGAAUGCCAUGGACCCGACUGGUCCACCGCCCAAUCUGCCAUUCCUCGAGAUUUUGACUGAGUUCACCAACAAAUUGCUGAAGCAAGACAAGCGCGUUGUGCUGAACUACCUGGACCGCAGAAUUGCGGCUGGUAUGCCUUCGAGUAGGGGAGAGGACUGGCAACCGCUUUUGAUGUACCGCAACAGUUUAGUGCACGGAGAAACUGACUUGCCUCCGCAGACAUCAAAGAGGGCUUACGGGCGAAAGAGAAAAGAUGCUGUUGCUGCCGAUGAUGACGGAGACGAUGAAGGAGAGGAGAAUGACCCAGAAUUCCCUCCUUAUUAAGUAUGAAAGUUUAGCUUUGUACAUGUGUAAUCACACCUUGAGCAUUUUUCUCUAAAUACCUUCUUACAUUUUAAAGAUUUCCCUUGGUAGAAUAAACUCAAGAAUUUUAUUACUCUGUAAAAUUGUAGUCCUUUAUCAAUAAAUGUUAACUGUACCUCCUUUGUUUUAGUUAUACCUUGAUUGAAAUACUCGCAUUCAUCUUAAAAUAAAGAACAAAAUUUUUAUUUUACA